GUUGUCCCAAUGCUCGUUGUCAACCUUUUACAUGAGUUUGAACUGGGCAUAUUCAAGUCCAUGUUUAAGCAUCUCAUCAAGCUCCUUCAUGGCAUAAAUUCUGAAACAAUAACUGUCCUGAAUGAACACUUCCGCUCAAUCCCUUCCUUUGGCAGGGGUGCCAUUUGGCAUCUUCCAUCAAGUGUGUCAGAUGUGCGGCAUAGUGCUGCAUGGCACUUUGAGGACAUUUUACAGUGUGCAAUCCCAGCAUUCGAAGGAUUA